GUAUGCGGUUCUGGGAUUGAACCCAGAUGUUAUGACUCCUGUUCAAUGUUUCUUUAUGGCUUUCAUUUGAGUCAUCAGUGUAGUGACCAAAACCGUUUCAAAUGAUGAUUAGUGGUUAAUGUAACAACUGUAACCACAUUUGUUUGAGUUAUGAAAAGUUAAACAUAGACAUUUAGGCUUGGAGCAAAAAUACCAUCAAACGUUCAGCAAAUGAAUCAACUUAAAGAAGAAGGGGGCCCAAAAAUGCAUGAUGACUGGUUGGAGUCCUGGAUCUGAUCACCUCAAGGAGGAAUGUGACUUGACGGAGGUCGAGGUGCGGGAAGUCACUGUUCCCCGCUCGGAGCAGUCAGGAUCCUUCAGCCGCUUGAUUGAGUUCUUUGGAUCAGAGAAAAGGAAAUUUGUGUCCAUGGUGAGUCGGACUUUCUACUCCACUGGCAUGGUCAUCCUGCCUGGUCUGACUCUGCAGCUGGUCAUGAGUGUGCCCUGCUUUCUGUUUAUCUCAUACCAGUGGAUUAUUCCUGAAUCUCCACGCUGGCUAUUUUUGCAAAAAGAACCAGAGGCCAUGAAAAUUAACACAAACAUUGCAAAAUGCAACGGGAGAUCUUUAUCAUAUAAUCUUCCAGAGAUAAUUAUUUCAGAGGAAAAGAAAGAAGUAAAUCCUGUAUCAGUUAUGGAUUUAUUGAGGACACCAAAUAUAAGAAAAAACACACUCAUUUUAACUUAUGCCUGGUUUACUAGCACCAUUGUGUUUCAAUUCUUGGUCCUGCGGCUUGGGAUCACAGGUGAUUAUCUCUUCUCAGAUUUCUUCAUUUCUGCUGUGGUUGAGCUUCCCAUCGGCCUCAUCUUCUACCUGCUGGUUGACAGAGUUGGUCGAUGCUCCCUCAUGGCAAUCGCCAACUUCACUGGCGGCAUCACCUGCCUCAUAAUCCCCUUCGUCUCCAUGGAUUUUGCCUGGUUGAAAAAGUCGAUUGCAAUCAUCGGGAGGUUUGCUGUUGCUAUUGGUUUCGAGACUGUGAACUUUGCAAACACAGAGAUGUAUCCGACACCUCUGAGAAAUUUGGGUGUGUCAGAGCGUUAAUCAGCCAGUGACAUCGGCACGAUUGCAGCCCCAUUUUUGCUCUACAGACUGGCCAGUAUCUGGAAAGAGCUGCCUCUUUUUGUUUAUGGUGUGAUGUCGGUGCUGUACAGUGGAUUGGUGACAAUGUUACCUGAGAUGAGUGGAGUCACCCUGCCACAGACUAUAGAAGAUGUAGAUAAUCUAAUUUUAUUAAAAUUACAUUAAUAGACCUAUUUAUGUUAAUCAUCUUUGGCAGAUGUUUUCAUACAGAGCAUAUUAAAACGAAUGCAACAUUAACAACAGGCUAAAAAGCUAAAAAACAAGUUGCGAAUAUUACAUGGAACCAGAUAUAAGCAAUGUCAAACCAACAAGAAGACAACAAAUGUAACUCUUUUUCCCGAAAAUGAUUGAGGAUAAAAAAAAAAGACAAAUGUAAAUAAAUGAGGCAAAAACGUGUUUUUGACACAAUAGGAGAAAAGUGUCAAGAGGAGGGAAGAUGGCAGGGAAGGUGUGAGAAAAUGUGACAAUCUGUGAUGUCUGGGAGACAGGAAUAUGCCAAUAAAUCUAGAUUUACGAUAAGGCAGGUGCAGAAAAAAGGUUCAUGCCUUAUUCCUUAAUGUGCUUAACUUGUGUAUUUAUCCUUUCUGACAGGGGGAAAGACAAGUCCAACGCUGCUGAGGGAAAUGGCUUGAUUACAUGACAUUACUGAAUCAUUUUCUACAUAUCUGCUAUGUUUACAAUAUGCACAUUACAGCCAGUGAAUAGUCCUGCGAAAUGUAUUGCAGUGGUUGUUACUGCAGGCUUUAGUUACAUUAGAUAUUCUGUCGAUUUUAAAGGUGUUGACAAGAUUAUUGCACUGUGAGGGGAUUCAACACAUUAGGAGGUGUUUUAAAAUUAAAUGAAAAAAAGGAACCCAAUCUUUUCAACCUCACACCUCAACAAUGCUAAUUUUCAGCAAUGAAAUUAUGCUUAUUUACAGCAAGAGUGAUGACCUAACAUCACCUUAUGCUUUAUGGAAUUUUGGGUGAUGAAACUUAAAAAUAACAUGAAAGUCUCAGAUAAUUAAGUUACAGAUGCUCUUGUAGAGGAGCAGAAGAGUUGUUUUUGUUUGUUGUGCAUUUGUCUAUUACUUAGCAGGAUUUAUCAAUAUCGUAUUGGAUUUAAAUGAGAUUGGAAUGAAGAAAUGCAUAAUUUUUUCAUGAAUCUAGAUCAAAUAGCGCCACCAUGUGACCCUUUAUAAAACACUUAGCAGGUUGGCUCUUAAAGGAUAAGGCUGAUAAUAUUUUAUAUUUUCUUCUGGUCAACAAAUCCCAUGAAAAAACCAAAACCAACAACGAACUGAACAUACUAACAAGUAUGGUCUGUGUGACCAAAGCCUGAUGUAUAUCUUAUUCCUCUGUGCUAUAGAUCUCCAAGGUUGUCCAAAAACUAUUAAAAACACAUUGUGACACUGUGGCAUUGAGUGACAUUUUCUAUAAAUUUUGAUCAACAUGGGCACUGUAGUUUAUUCUUAAGCAAUCACACAUAAGUCAUCUUGCUGCUGCUGAAAAUACGUCCUAGCACACCUGAAAAUAGUCCUUAACAAAUGCACUAUUAUUUACUACUGUUUGAGUGAUUUUAACUAAACACUACAGUGCCCAGCUGUUUUAGAGAGAGGAACAAAUGUCACAGAAAGGAUAGGAGAGUCCCAAAGUUUUGAUGAAAAGACAAAAGGCCAGUUUGUACGAGAAAGGAAGUGGUCCGAACAACUAGCCAGCCGUCACAGAAAGUGGGUAGAUGUGAUAUUAACAUGGUAAUAGCGCUGCACAUUUUCAGACAGUCACUGGUGGAAGGAACACAUUAAGUUUCACUCAGUUGUUCACAUGAAAAAUGACAAUUCUAUCAAGAAUGAUAAACAGAGCCAGAGAGAACUUCAACAGUGGCUUCUUUCUCACCUUUGCACAGCUGGCCAAUUACAGUGUGAAGUGGGUGUGAAUGUUGGUUGGUCGGUUUUGGAAAAUCACAGAAAUGCUC